AUGCAUAAAGAAAUUCAACUAACGGACAACCAAACAAACGAAGUUGACGACACAGCAUCACCUCCGGAACAACAAACGUCUUCCAAAUCAAGUCGCACAACACCAAUUUCUCCAUCAACGCCGGCCAGUGACACAAUCGAAUCCACUCUGCCGGGCACCAAACUACCCAAGACGUCGACCCAAUGGUCCGAAGCCAACGUUUACUUUCAACUACAACAACAAUCACUUCCAAGCUAUGACAAUAUCGACAACUUCACGUCCGCCUUCCAACAAAUGAUUUACAACUAUUUCGCCACAAACUAUGGCACUCUUAAACAACAAACAGUCAAUAAUACCAGCUCCAACAAAUCAAUCAAAAAUCUAAAAAAAAGAACUAAAACAGCUAAAGCUACUAGGCCACAACAAUCAGCGCUUCGAUGA